GCCGGCGUGCUCGUAGAAGCAUUAUACUUUGAAUUUCACCAGAAUUUAAAUCAAUAUGUCUGGAAGAGGCAAAACCGGCGGAAAAGCAAGGGCCAAGGCUAAGACCCGCUCAUCCCGUGCCGGACUCCAGUUCCCCGUCGGUCGUGUGCACAGGCUUCUCCGCAAAGGCAACUAUGCUCAUCGCGUCGGUGCCGGAGCUCCCGUCUACCUGGCGGCGGUGCUCGAGUACCUGACCGCUGAGAUCCUGGAGUUGGCUGGAAACGCCGCCCGCGACAACAAGAAGACCCGCAUCAUCCCUCGCCACCUGCAGCUGGCCGUCCGCAACGACGAGGAGCUCAACAAACUCCUCGGUGGCGUGACCAUCGCCCAGGGCGGUGUGCUGCCCAACAUCCAGGCCGUUCUUCUGCCCAAGAAGACCGAGAAACCCGCCAAGAAGUAAACCACCAACCUGCCUUCAGAACCCAAAGGCUCUUUUAAGAGCCACUCAAAUGUUCCCGAAAGUGCUACUUUCCUGUUUCUGAUUAAUAUCUUUAUGAGCGAGAAGGCAGUCCACACUGUUAAAAUAAAGUUUAU